GCCUCAUCCUGCGUUCUUGGGAGUCUCUGUGCUGACCAAUUCUUCACGAAUCCACAUUGCUAUCGAGUGACGCCAGGAUACCGCCAUUCCUCAGGCCGGCCUCAACAAUCGUCACUCACUGUCUGUCGCACCAGCCAGCCCAGCCGUCUUGCUCUCCUGAGCCUUGAGCCGUGAGCCUUCUAGAACACACACUCUUCACUCGCCUGGUAGUGUCGCCCUAAGACCAAAGAGCACCCUUUGGAAUCAAGUCGACCGGCACAAGUCCCUCUUAUUGGGUCGUCCAAUCUGAUCUGCUCGGAGACUUUGUCACCUUCACGCCGACGACCUUUUCUCUAUUCCCUUCAUCGUUACCUGUUUUGAGUGUCGUCCUCCAUUACCUUCGUCACCCUCGAGCGCAGCUUUCAAAAUGUCGCACCCCGGUAGUGCCUCAGGGUCGCCAUACCAUACGAUCGGUUCCGACCACCAACAGGGACCACCCCGCAAGAAGAUGAGAAAAGGAACAAAAUCCUGUUUGGAGUGUCGGAGGAGGAAGAUCAAAUGCAACUUUGAACCGGGACGACCUGCUGUGUGCAAUGAAUGCUAUGCCAGAGGUUCCACCUGUAUUGAUCAGGAGCACGCAGAUGUCCAGGCCCUUAACCAGCCCGUCUCAGACCAGUCAUCAUCAUACAGCCUGAGAGAAAGAGUUUCGCAACUCGAAGAUCUAGUGAAGCAGGUCCUCCAUCGCCUGCCCGAGAAAGAGGCUCAGACCGACUCCUCAUCUUCUCUUCUUCCGGACUCUAAUAAAUCACACCUCGAUGCACAGGCAGCCGAAGUCUUAAAGUCGUUGAAAAGUUCAUUCCAGCGGGCCGAACCACAACUCGAAGAAGAAGAAGAAUCUGCCCUUCUCCCAGGCGGCGUGCGCCACGAUGCUCCAGCCCUGUCCCUUUUCGACAACGAUGUCAUCAAAACGAACCAAAGUCAGCAUGUCGUCUCUCGUGCCCAGUACAACAAGAAUAAAGCUCUCCUUGACGCCCUUCGCCAACUCCUACCAUCACUCCAUGACCUCGAGAUCAUCCUUGUCAACUCACACGAAUGGUGGACGAUUUGGCGACAGAUGUUCCCCGAGAUAAGCGACAGUCGCUGUGAAACCAUCAAAGAUUCCGUAUCGCAUUCUCUCCGCUCCGACAAGCCAGCCGAAGUGGCCAAGAUUAUGCUCUGUAUAGCCCUUGGCGUUCAUCAACUACCAUUGGAUUUUGACUGGAGUUCGCUCGACACCAAAGAAGAACCGUCCGAGUUGAUGGCACGGUACAUCUCAACCGUGGAUCGACUCAUCACCUCAGAUGACGAAAUCGCCGCCACACUCGAGGGCAUCGAGUGCAUGAUGCUUGAGGCCAAACAUCACAUCAACAUGGGCCGACCUCGACGUGCGUGGCUCUUAUUUCACAGAGCUAUCGCAUUCGCCCAGUUGCUUGGCUUCCAUCGCUUAGCCGCUCGACCAGACAAGACAUCCGCCCUAUACCGCCGUCAGCUCAAUCUGUGGUGUCACCUGAUCAUGGGUGAUCGCUAUCUGUCUCUCAUGCUUGGAUUGCCCUACUCGGUUGGCGAGGCCUAUGUAGCGCCCUAUACUUACCAAGCGGAGUCACCGUCAGCCCUCAGCACCGAUGAGUACGCCAUGAAAAUCAUACCCAUCAUCACCAAAAUAAAUGACCGAAACCAGGCCGUCGUGCCCAUGGGAUAUUCGGCCACCUUGAGGAUGGACCAAGAGCUCGAAGAACUUCACAACUCACAAAGUGAGGAAUGGUGGUCGACUGAACUGACACCAGACCUCCCACCGCAACAUUAUUUUGAUCGUUUACAGGCCCAGUUUUAUCACCAUCAGACCAAACUGUUACUUCACAUGCCUUUUAUGCUUAGGUCCUCCACCAACACCCGCUACCAAUAUUCACACCAUGCAGCCCUUGAAGCAUCUCGAGAAAUGAUCCGAUCCUACUCAGCUUUGCGCAACAACACGUCCGUUGGGCCCUUUAUCUGUAAACUUGUCGAUUUUCAAUCAUUUACCGCCGCUAUGCUCUUGUUGUUGAACCUAUGCGGCUACUCUCAUCAGCAUCGAGGCAAUCAACCCGUAUCCACAGACCAUGAGCAAGGCCAAAGAGAUUCCGAGCUCAUCGACCACACGAUCCAGCUACUGCGGGACGCAUCGAAAGAACCCGGAGGUGUUGUUGCUGCACAGUGUGCACAGGCUCUCGAGGUCAUCGCUCGAGCUCGCAACGGAGAGUGCGAUGUAGCUGAACAGUGUCGCGGUGAAGCUUCACAGGUCUCGAUCCCAUACUUUGGUACCAUUUCAAUCGGACCGGGAAAGAAGUUUGUCCCCAUCAAGGCUGGCACAUAUGUGACCAAGCCAGCUGGCGCGAAACUCCCUGCGAGCUCGUCCAGGCCGGCCGGGGCUUCGGUUGUUGGCAAUUUGACGAAUUCGGGCCUCCCAACGCCACCAUCCAUGUGUUCAGGAAGCACCCAACAGUCUCCCAUGUGUUCAGGAAGCACCCAACAGUCUCCAAUGACGGGAACACUCGACCGAGACUAUCGGUCGUCCCUGUUCGAGACAUCUGCCAACAUGGUUGCACCUGGCACGGACACGUGGCCGGAAACAGACGACCCAUUUGUGACAUUUGACAGUUUUAUGAAUUUUCCCCAGCAAGUGCCAGGCGAACCCUUGUCUGCGAGUGUCGGUGGAAGUUCGGGGUUUACACCCCAACGAUCAAACCAGAGUCCGUUCAAUGGUGCUCUGAAUGACUUUGGAAUGAGUUCUGGCUCCAACCUAACGGGCGACGUGCAUGGUGGUCAAGGCAACAUGCAAAAUGUGUAUCCCUUUGGAGGAUUCCCAUUCCCGCAACAGACACAGAGCAAUCUUGACUUGGAUCAAGGUUGGAAUUGGUUCGGGAUUGAUGCACCGACAUUGACAUGAUGAUCUUGGACAAGACAGUGCAAGCCGAUGAUACAGAAUUUGACGACAUCUUGUAAUAUAUAUGCUGCCUAUGAACAGAAGGGCAGAAACUCAUUGCAUAGAUUUUUAUGUCUAUUAAUAUAGUACCUAGCAUGUGCACGGCUAAGGCAAGAUGUACUGCCAUGGAAAAGCUUAUGCAUAACGGAAUACUUAAGAGGACUCAUCUCAGAC